GUGAUUGUCGUGGUUGGCGAGACCGGUUCGGGCAAGACGACGCAGCUUGGCCAGUUCUUGUACGAGGAUGGCUACUGCUCUCAUGGUAUCAUUGGCUGCACACAACCCCGUCGCGUGGCGGCUAUGUCUGUGGCUAAACGUGUUAGCGAGGAGAUGGAGUGCAAGCUCGGAGGCACCGUGGGCUACGCUAUCCGAUUCGAAGACUGCACGUCUGCUGAUACCAAGAUAAAAUUCAUGACGGAUGGUGUGUUACUCCGAGAGUCCUUGAAUGAGGGAGAUCUGGACCGCUACAGUGUCAUAAUCCUUGACGAAGCCCAUGAGCGUUCACUGAACACCGACGUUCUCAUGGGUCUGCUCAAAAAGAUUCUUUCUAGAAGGCGAGACCUCAAACUCAUUGUUACUUCGGCAACUAUGAAUGCUGAGAAGUUCUCCAACUUCUAUGGUUACGCGCCGUGCUUCACAAUUCCUGGAAGGACAUUCCCGGUUGAGAUAAUCCAUUCCAAGUCGCCUUGCGAAGACUACGUAGACAGCACCGUCAAGCAGGUGUUGCAGAUUCACUUGUCGGGCCCUCCGGGCGACAUUCUGGUCUUCAUGACUGGUCAGGAAGAUAUCGAAGUAACAUGUCAAGUUGUUCAAGGUCGGUCUAACAAACGUUCGGACAUUUGUGCAUACUGA